AUGGAUCCGGGCGCUUCCAGCACCUCCCUUCCCGAUGGCGUCGGAGAUUCCGAGCGGAACAUCCCAAGAAUUUGUGGGGUCUGCGGGGACAGAGCCACCGGUUUCCACUUCAACGCCAUGACCUGCGAGGGCUGCAAGGGCUUCUUCCGGUCAAGGGAGCRGAGUUGCCUCGGUGGCCCCAAAUCCUUUCCUAAAAGCACCAGAAAGCACCUGGGAACAGCAGGAAAACAGUGGCCAGGGGAUUGUGGGGGGAAAAGGGAUUUUCCAUUCGGAAAAAGCGAAUUUGCAGAUGGAAACCCCGAUUUUCCAGGUGCUGCCCCCAGGGGCCGUUCCCAUCCCUGUUUCCCAAUUUUCCCUUUCCCAGUCAUCCUGACRGAUGAGGAGGUGCAGAGGAAGCGGGAGCUGAUCCUGAAGAGGAAGGAGGAGGAGGCGCUGCGGGAAAGCCUCAAACCCAAAUUGUCGGAGGAGCAGCAGAAAGUCAUYGACGUCCUGCUCGAGGCUCACCGCAAAACCUACGACCCCACCUACGCCGACUUCACCAAAUUCCGGCCCCCCGUACGGAGCUACCCCAGCAGCCACGGGGCCCCCAAAUCCUCCUCCCUCCUCACCCAGGACUUUUCCUCCGAGGAUUCUGAGGAUCUCUUUGGCUCGGACACCUUCAGCACGUUCCCAGAUUCCCUGGAGCCGCUGGAGGAGCAGGAUGAGAGCUCCUCGGUGAAUUUGGGYCUGUCACAGCUCUCCAUGCUCCCACACCUGGCUGACCUGGUUAGCUACAGCAUCCAGAAAGUCAUCGGCUUCGCCAAGAUGAUCCCGGGCUUCAGGGAGCUGUCGGCCGAGGAUCAGAUCGUGCUGCUCAAGGGCAGCGCCAUCGAGGUGAUCAUGCUCCGCUCCAACCAGGCCUUCACCCCCGAGGAUCUGUCCUGGAGCUGCGGCGGCGGCGGCGCCUUCAACUAUCGGCUCAGCGACGUGGCCCAGGCUGGCCACAGCAUGGCYCUGCUGGAGCCGCUGGUGAAAUUCCAGGUGGGGCUGAAGAAGCUGAAUCUGCACGAGGAGGAGCACGUGCUGCUGAUGGCCAUCUGCAUCCUGUCCCCAGACCGGCCGGGCGUGCGGGACACGGCGCUGGUGGAGUCGCUGCAGGAGCGGCUGUCGGAGGUGCUGCAGAGCUACAUCCGCUGCCGUCACCCUCCUCCCGGGAGCCGCCUGCUCUACGCCAAAAUGAUCCAAAAACUGGCGGACCUGCGCAGCCUCAACGAGGAGCACUCGCGCCAGUACCGCUGCCUCUCCUUCCAGCCCGAGCACAGCAUGCAGCUCACGCCGCUCGUCCUCGAGGUCUUCGGCAACGAGAUCUCCUGAUUUUUCCGGAGAAAAAAAAAAAAUUAAAAAUAAAAAAUAGGGGAGAAU